AUGAGAUUUCCACAGCCUGUCAAGAUAGCGAACUUGCUCGUCUAUUUCUUCUUGCUAUCCGCUAAUGUAUAUUCAGUAUAUGGACCCGAAUCGGGCUCCCCAUACGUAGAUGCUAAGAAGACGUAUAUUACUCCAGCACCGUUUGUCUUCUUCGUUUGGGGUGUCAUUCAUUUCUUGCUUGCUGGUUUCGUCAUCUACCAAUUCUUCAGUCAAGCUACCGAAACCGUAGUCGACGGCAUUAGCUGGCAUUUUGUCUUCAUCUCAAUCUGGAAUACCAUUUGGCUUGCUCUUACCCAGAAAGAUCACCCAAUCCUCGCAUGGAUCGCCAUUCUUCUUACUGCUUCGCAGGUCUCAUAUGUCUACUAUAACAUUCGCUACAAGUACCCCGCCAUCAAUCUCAUGGAUAAUGCCUUUAUCCAUGCGCCAUUCUCUCUUUAUCAUGCUUGGAUUUUCGUAAUCGCUGUUAUUUCUACUUUCGUUGCUUUCACCCCAGAGGUCAGCGAUGAUGGACCUAGUGUUUUAGUAACCAUUGCUGUGAUUAUUGGGUUGUUGGUUCUGCAGUCUACUGCAGUCAGUUACGUCGAACUUGGAAAGGGUGAUGUGGCUGGUGCUUUGGUUAUUGCCUGGGCAUUGUACGGCAUUUUUAUGGAACAGGAUAGUCCUGCUAUUUCUUGGACUGCGUUUGCGCUUUCCAUCCUUACUUUACUGUAUUCGGUAAAACCAUUUGUCGCCAAACACGUGUUUGGUAGGUCCGGCGAAGAGCGUGCACCAUUGUUGGGUUAG